CAGAAAUGGUCAUACGAUACUUACCGCACGGUGUCAGCGUAAACGCGUUCCCCUGUGAAUGGCCACGGACGCUUGCAUUCAGCUGUUGGCAUUUGUGCAUUUUCCAAAAACCACGACUAACUAGUUCUGCGUAAUUAGCCAUGAGAACGGAGUCCAACGAGAAAUGGAUUGUGUGCCGCGUAUGCUUGAAUGGCGAUGGCGAGGAGACCCUCCAUGAAAUAUUCAGCCAGACGGCCAGCACUCGUCUGGACCAAAUGCUGCACAUCUGCGCUGGGGUACCAGUCAGCCAGGAUGAUAACUUCCCCGAUAAGAUGUGCAGUAAGUGUAUGCGGUGCCUGCGACUGUCCUAUAAGUUCCGGCUCACCUGUCAGCGGUCCCACCAGCACGUCAUGGACAUGCUUGCCCGGGAGGCAAGGAACACCAAUGUGACAGGCGGUGAUGCAGAUAGCCAAAAUCUCUCGGAUGACUUCACCGCUGAGAACGUGUUCAAAGUUUGGGAAGAGGACACGAGCCAGCUAGAAGGCGCCCUAAAGGAGGAAGAGCUUCGAACGGAAGAGGAGGCUCACCAAGAACAAGAAUCCCAUGAGAUGAUCACGUACGUUGUGGAGGGAGCCGAAGGAGAAGAAACCAUUAUAUACGAUGGCAGCAGUGAGGCGGAGAACCCGGAGGUUGUCUUUGAUGGCGUACAGACCGGUAUGGAGGAGGCAGAAUCUUAUGCAGAAUAUGAGGAAUUUGAGGAAUUGGUCCCUGUCGAUAACACUUCCCCUUGCCUUCUACGCCAACGGAAAGAAUCGAGAACGCGCUCAACAAGCGGAUUAAUCCAAAUGGACCAAUUGGCAAGCAACGAUAUGACUGAUUUUGCUCUCAGCUCCGAUGAAAAUGAAAGUGUGUUAGCCGAGGAAAAGCCUAAAUCCAAAACGACGGUCAACAGACAACGCUCUGUCAAAAAACCAUCUCAGGGAAACCGCCCUACUGCGGAUGGAGAUCCCGUCGACCGAAAGCUGGGCCGAAAACCAAGGGAAAAACACUGCACUUAUAUCUGUGAUGUAUGCGGAAAUAUCUAUCCCACCCAGGCCCGUCUUACCGAGCACAUGAAGUUCCACUCGGGUGUAAAGCCCCAUGAAUGCGAGAUUUGCGGACGUGGCUUUGUUCAGAAUCAGCAGCUGGUAAGGCACAUGAACACCCAUACAGGGAACCGGCCUUACAAGUGCAACUAUUGCCCAGCUGCGUUUGCCGAUCGUUCCACAAAGACAAAACAUCAUAGAAUUCACACCAAAGAGCGUCCCUAUGAGUGUGAUGUUUGCUCCAGGACCUUCACCUAUUCGGACAACCUCAAGUUUCACAAGAUGAUCCACACGGGGGAGAAGCCGCACGUUUGUGACCUUUGUGGCAAGGGCUUUGUAAAGGCGUACAAAAUGCGCUUACAUCGAGUGACACAUGAGCGGCGUGGUCAGUGGAAGUCGGCGUCAGAUGUAGAGAUGAAGAACACCGCGGAGACAGUGACGCAAGAAAAGCGCAAUAACUGGAAGGCAUCAGCUGUAGAAAUGAAUGCAGACGACGAUUUUGUUAAGGAAGAGAUAACGGAGUUCCUCACUAGUUAGUUUCAAGUUAAUAUCGUUUAUCUCCAUUGUACUGCGACUUAAAAACAAAAAUUAGUUUAAAAUUUACAAUCAAACAAGGUUAAAUUACAAGCUUUUAUAUUACAAACCUUUUAAAAUCAAUUAGUUUUAGUUUAAACUCCUUAAAAAGUCUUCAAUUGUAUAUA